UGGUAGUACUACAGUAAUCUUCUCAAUACUGUACUUUUUUUCUUCUUCUUAGCACUGUAUUAUUACCACUGCUAAAAUUGAUAAAUUAAUACGUACGGAGUAUGUAAAAUUCAAUGCGCAUCCAUUUUUUGAUUCCUCAAUCUUCAUCAUCAUUAAUAGGUCUGCAUCUUCUUCACCAAAAGCUCGAAUCCUUUUUUGUUUCUUUUUUCAGAUUCUGAAUUUCAAAAAUUUAGAAUAAUCCAUCCAUGGAAUCACCAGAAAAAAACGACGCCGUUGCAUUUGAGUCAGCUGAGAAGAUAAUUCUCCGGUGGGAUUCAACGGUAUCUGAAGAAGCUAGAGAGAAGAUGAUAUUCAACGGCGAUCGUCACGAGAUCGAUCGCUAUUUAGAAGCCGUUGAUGAAAUCCAACGGUCAAUGGAGUCCACCACGCUCUCCGUCUCCGACGACCACGAUAAAGCCAACACUGCGAUCCAGAUCGCCAUGGCUCGUCUCGAGGACGAGUUCCGCAACAUACUCAUUGCUCACACGAACGCAAUCGAAGCCGAAUCAUUAACUGAUCCAAGUCUUUCAGAAGAAGACUGCCGCGAUACUCCACGCGCCGGCGACGAUGAUUCGUUCAGCAAAGAGCUGGAAAAACAAGAGAGUAGCACCAGCAGCAGUUAUCGAUCUACUAACAGUAUCCGCGAAGUCGAUCUCAUGCCGUCAGAAGCAAUAUACGAUCUCCGGUGUAUCGCGGAGCGUAUGAUUUCAGCUGGAUAUCUCCGGGAGUGUAUUCAGGUGUAUGGCAGUGUACGCAAGUCUGCUGUGGACUCGAGCUUCCGGAAGCUUGGAAUAGAGAAGCUGAGCAUAGGAGAUAUACAGAGACUUGAUUGGGAGACCCUUGAAGCUAAGAUUCGUAGAUGGAUACGAGCAGCAAAAGUAUGCGUUCGCACACUUUUCGCCAGCGAGAAGAAGCUCUGCGAGCAAAUCUUUGAAGGUUUGGGGACGGCAACGGAUGAUGCUUGCUUUAUGGAGACUAUUAAAGGUCCAGCUAUUCAGCUGUUCAAUUUUGCCGAAGCCAUUAGCAUUAGCAGGCGAUCGCCUGAAAAGUUGUUUAAGAUAUUAGAUCUUCAUGAUGCUUUAUCGGAUUUAUUAACUGAUAUUGAAAUUGUUUUCGAGUCAAAAUCUUCGGAGUCAAUUAGAGUUCAGGCAGUAGAGAUAUUGUCUAGGUUAGGGGAGGCUGCUAGAGGGAUAUUAUCGGAAUUUGAGAAUGCAGUGCUUCGUGAACCUUCUAGGGUUCCUGUCCCCGGAGGGACAAUUCAUCCCUUAACUAGGUAUGUCAUGAACUAUAUAAGUUUAAUCUCGGAUUAUAAGCAGACGAUGGUUGAGUUGAUUGUUUCAAAGCCUUCAACGGGAUCAAGGUAUUCGAGUGAUCCUAAUACACCUGAUAUGGAUUUUAGUGAGCUAGAAGGGCAAACCCCGUUGGCGCUUCAUUUGAUUUGGAUUAUCGUCAUUUUGCAGUUCAAUUUGGAUGGUAAGUCUAAGCACUAUAAGGAUACCUCUUUGGCUCAUUUGUUUAUGAUGAAUAAUGUCCAUUAUAUUGUUGAGAAGAUUAAAGGAUCACCUGAGUUAAGAGAGAUGAUUGGGGAUGAUUACUUGAGAAAGUUAACUGGGAAAUUCCGGCAAGCUGCUGUCAAUUACCAGAGAGCAACAUGGGUGAGGGUUUUGCAUUGUUUGAGAGAUGAGGGAUUACACGUGAGUGGGAGUUUUUCAUCCGGGGUGUCCAAGAGUGCAUUGAGAGAGAGGUUUAAGGCAUUCAACGCCUUGUUUGAAGAGGUUCACAGGACUCAGUCCGUGUGGUUGAUACCAGAUACGCAGCUCAAGGAGGAGCUGCAAAUUUCCAUAUCCGAAAAGUUAAUCCCAGCAUAUAGAUCAUUUCUUGGACGGUUCAGGAGCCAUAUAGAAAGUGGGAGGCAUCCGGAAAAUUAUAUAAAGUAUUCUGUGGAGGAUUUAGAGAAUGCUGUCUUGGAUUUCUUUGAGGGGUACGCUGUAUCACAGCACUUGCGGAGAAGAUCUCAGUGAAAGAAUACAAGUUUCACCAUUUAGUACUUUAGGACAUUCUUUUGAAUUUUUUCAUGGAGUCAUUCAGGGGCUGAGGUUCUGACAUUUUGGUGUUUCUCGAGUUUGUGCAUUCAUUUGUAGUAUUCCAGCGUGAUGCGCUGCUGAAGACUUCGGGAAGAUCAGCUGUAUCUAUCAAGAAGGGUCAAUCCCUCCAGCCUCUGGAUGCUCUGCCCUAUGUUGCAGCACAUCAACAACAACAAAGGCUCUUUCCAAAUAGAUCCCCGACAUUCUUCCGGCCAAGAACUUCCCACCUUGCUCUUGGGGAGACUCGAACUCACAACCUCUUGGUUGGAAGGGGAGGUUGCUUACCAUCAGAGCAACCCCUCUUGUCGCCAAAUGUGCGCCAAAUGUUUCAUCUCUAUGUGGCCUCUGUUUGAAACUUUGAAGUCUACUACAUCUGACAGCAGAACUUAGAAGGUGUACAUUCCUACGUCACAAUCUUCCUGUUACCUCUUCACUCACCAUGUAUCACUGUUUCUAAUUAUCAGUUUCCAGUCAAGGUUGCACAAUCUUUUUGUGGAGAUACAUGACAUUUUCUGCCCUCUGCGAGUUAGUGUGAUUGUUAAUACCAACAUUUAGGGUUUAGCUAUUCAUUGCCCAUGCUUGCCUAUUGGAUCCAAAUAGGAUCUCGAAUUCUUGUGUAUUCUCGAAUGUGGUAAUCUGUGUCCAAAGUAGAAAUCUCCCUCUACUCUUACCUAAUUGCAGAAAAUGUAGGAUAUUUACUGACAAAGAUGUUCAAUUGCGAAUCUGUGCAAACGUCAUUUGUUGAUUGAUUACUCUUAGAGCCUGUUUGGAAAGCCACCUAGAAAUGAAAUUCGGAUGUAAUUGGAUGUAA